UGCCCCAAUCAACAGUCAUACGUCUGCCGUCGACGCAUUCGGACAUACGAAUUCUCCAAAUCGUCCAGGAAUUCAAAUAGCAAAUUCGUUGGCAAUUUUUUGAGUGAAACUCGUGGCAAGAUGCGUUCUGUUUGGCUGCUGCUCUGUUUGGGGCUGCUGGCGCUGUCGCAAGUGCGCGCCGAGGAGUCCGACGACAAUCUCGACUUGGAGGACAUAGCCGAGUUCGACGAAAACGAUGAAGAGUUUCUCAUGCUGCUGGAGGAGAAGGCCAAGAAUAAGGAUUUGGAGCGCGAGAAUGAGCUGGCCCAGAAAUUGGCGGAUGUACAGCACAAUCUAUUGAAUCCGGUUGUCGAGGUUGAUCCCUGCGAGACCAUGCAUUGCGGCGCUGGUCGCAUUUGCCAGCUGAGCGAUGGCAAGCCUGAGUGCAUCUGCAUUCCCGACUGCCCCGACGAAUCGGACACGCGUCGUCAUGUGUGCACCAACAAGAACGAGACGUGGCCAUCCGAUUGCGCUGUCUAUCAGCAGCGCUGCUGGUGCGACAUCAAGAAUCCCGGCUGCCGUCAUCCGGACAACUCGCAUCUUCAUAUCGACUACUAUGGCGCCUGCCAUGAGUCACGUGUGUGCGAUGGCGAAGAUCUGAAGGACUUCCCGCGUCGCAUGCGCGACUGGCUGUUCAACGUGAUGCGCGAUCUGGCCGAGCGCGACGAACUGACCGAACACUACAUGCAAAUGGAGCUGGAAGCCGAGACGAACAACUCGCGCCGUUGGGCCAACGCAGCCGUGUGGAAAUGGUGCGAUCUGGAUGGCGACACCGAUCGCUCUGUCUCCCGCCACGAGCUGUUCCCCAUACGCGCACCGUUGGUCAGCUUGGAGCAUUGCAUCGCACCAUUCCUAGAGUCAUGCGACUCCAACAAAGAUCAUCGCAUCACAUUGAUUGAGUGGGGCGCUUGCCUGGAACUGGAUGCCGAGGACCUCAAGGAGCGUUGCGACGAUGUGCAAAAUGCCGUGCCACAUUUGCUGGGUUAAGCGUGCCCCAUGCCGCGUGCCCCAUGUUUCAUGGAUGCCCAGUUAUUUUAAAUAAUAUAAUUUUACUAUUUUGUGCACAAAGUUUAUUUCAACAAAUAAUUGUCUAAUAAAUGU